CCUAUUUGUUGAAAAAACAAAUUGGCUGUUGGCUCUUGAGAGAAUGCCCAUGAGCUGCUCACCGCGAAAAGAUGGGAGCUUUAAGCUGUAACACCACUCACUGAUAGUGAAGAAGGUUCUUCGUUUGUGGGUAAAUGCUAGACAGAGCUCAUUCUAGAGCUUGGGACGCCAUAGUUAAUUGCAGCGCUUCCUCGUCCGGUGGUGAACUCGAUUACCAAUUCUUCGCUUCAGUGCUCAAAUCCUGCGCCGCUUUCUCGUCCAUCAAAUUCGGGAGCGCCCUCCAUGGUCGUAUCUGUAAACUAGGCCAUCUCUCUUGUCAGUACGUCUCCAAAGGUUUGCUCAACCUGUAUGCUAAGUGUGGAGCUCUCAGCGAUUCCAAGAAGUUAUUUGGAGAAGUGGGUGAUUGCCACCACGAUGCAGUCUUCCACAAUAUACUCUUAUCUGGGUUUGCUGGCUCGAGGAAGUACGAAGCUGAAACAUUGCAGUUGUUUACCAGAAUGCAUUCUGCUGAUCAACCAAAGCCUACUUCUGUUACGAUUGCCACCGUCGUUCCUGUAUGUGCUCGCUUGGGAGAUUUAUAUGCAGGUAGGAAUGUUCAUUGCUAUGCAAUUAAAUCUGGCUUGGAAACGCAUACACUUGUGGGAAAUGCUUUGGUAUCAAUGUAUGCGAAAUUGGGAUUGGUUAAUACUGAUGCCUAUGCUGCCUUUGAUAGCAUAAUUGCCAAAGAUGUUGUUUCGUGGAACGCGGUUAUUGCUGGGUUUUCUGAGAACAAGUUGAUGAGUGAUGCGUUCAGGCUAUUCAGGUUGAUGCAAGAAGGUGAGGUGAAGCCGAAUUAUGCCACCAUUGCUAAUAUUCUUCCUGUAUGCUCAUCACUGUAUAAGGACAGUGGCUACUGCUUUGGUAAAGAGAUUCAUGGCUAUGUUCUCCGAAGUAACGAGUUUCUGAGGGACUUGUCGAUUUAUAAUGCUCUUGUGAGCUUUUACUUGAGGGUUGGACAGAUAGAGGCAGCUGAGUUGCUUUUUCACAGGAUGGAAUUCAGAGAUUUGGUGUCAUGGAAUGCUAUCAUUGGAGGGUAUGCAUCGAAUGGCAAGUGGUCAAACGCCUUGGGAGUGUUUGAUCAAAUGCUUGACCUAGACGCUGUCAGGCCAGAUUCGGUCACAUUUGUAAGCGUGCUUCCUGCCUGUGCACAAUUGAGGGACCUGAGACGUGGGAGAGAGAUCCAUGGCUAUGUUCUCAGGAACCCCUUCUUGUGUGAGGAUACAUCUGUAUCCAAUGCAUUGAUGAACUUUUAUGCAAAAUGCGAGGAUGUGAAAGCAGCACAUCGAACAUUUUCCAUGACUGAUAGGAGAGACUUGAUCUCAUGGAACUCUAUCCUUGAUGCAUUUGCUGGAAGGAGCGAUGUUCAGUUUGUGCAUUUAAUAGAAUUGAUGUUUAUAGAAGGAUUUGUGCCCGAUUCCAUUACCAUUCUAAGCGUGAUCCAGUUUUGUGAGAAUGUUUUGAGGGAAGAUAAAGUUAAAGAGACCCAUGGCUACUCAAUCAGGAAUCAUUUCUUACAUUCUACUGAUGAACCUAGAGUUGGAAAUGCAUUACUUGCUGCAUAUGCUCAAUGUGGCAAUCUUGAUCAUUCCUUCAAGGUCUUCCAGACCAUGUCAGAGAAGCGGAACUUGGUUUCCUUCAACUCCAUGAUUUCUGGAUACCUGAAUUUUGGAUUGCAUGCAGAUGCAUAUGCCAUCUUCAGCAGUAUGCCUGGCACGGAUCUCACGACUUGGAAUCUGAUGGUGCGAGCGUAUGCAGAGAACGAAUGCCCUGACCAAGCUCUCAGUCUUUUCCACAAGCUACUAGCUCGUGGAUCAAAGCCCGAUGAAGUUUCCCUUAUGAGCCUCCUGCCAGUAUGUGCUCAAAUUGCUAGCUCAAAGCUCUUGAAGGAAUGUCAUGCUUAUGCGAUUAGAUCCUGCUUCAAUGAUCCCCGCUUAAAUGGUGCGUUGCUGGAUGUCUAUGCAAAAACCGGUAGCAUAGGCUAUGCCGAGAAGCUUUUCGAAUCAACGCAACAUAAGGAUCUAAUUUUAUACACUUCCAUGGUUGGUGGAUAUGCAAUGCACGGUAUGGGAAAUGAGGCAGUUAGGGUUUUCUCUCACAUGAUCGAGUUGGGUGUAAAGCCAGAUAAUGUUAUCUUCACCGCGGUUCUAUCUGCUUGCAGCCAUUCCGGCUUUAUAGACAAAGGAUUGAAAAUCUUUGACUCUUUGGAGAAGGUGUAUGGAAUAAGACCAACUGUAGAACAAUAUUGUUGUGUGGUCGAUCUUCUUGCUCGAGGUGGCCGAAUUCAUGAUGCUUAUACCUUGGUGAGUGGGAUGGUGAAGGGUGCUGCCAAUGCAAGUAUAUGGGGCGCUUUGUUGGGCGCCUGCAAGACCCAUAAUGAGGUGGAGUUGGGGAAAACUGUUGCCGAUUCUCUAUUCGAGAUGGAAGCGAAUGACGUUGGUAAUUAUGUUGUACUUUCAAACAUCUUUGCAGCUGAUGAGAGGUGGGAGAAAGUAGUAGAGAUUAGGAAGCUGAUGAAAGCGAGGGAUUUGAAGAAGCCAGCAGGGUGCAGCUGGAUUGAUGUAGAGAGGAGAGAGAAUGUGUUUGUGUCAGGAGAUAUGGCUCAUCCUCAAAGGAACCAUAUUUAUGAGGUACUGAUCACGUUAGAUUCGCAGAUCAAAGAGCCGCGUCAGGUAGAUCAACAGUUCGGGUUACAACUUUUGGAUUGUCACAAAUGAAAAGAGUGAAAACUACUACUGCGGGAUUCUUCCCUUUGUUGCUGUCUCGAGUUCUUGAAGAUUGUGUAAUCUUCCUAUUGUUUGAAUGAGAGCCGUCAAGAAGAGCAGAGAGGAUUUUGCAUGAAUCCUGUUGGUAGCAUAAUAUGGUAUGUUCAGCUAGCUGCGGCAAGAUUAACUUAAUGAAAUCUCAGGGUUUUAUUUAUGCUACACAUCAGUGCUUCAGUUUGAUUGCUGCCUCAAAAUGGGAACCAUUUGGAUAGGUUUCUGUUGCAACCAACUUUAAAUAAGUUCUGAUGCUUCUUACCAUGGCAGCUCAAUUAACAGUCUCCUCCCGCCUUUGAACUUGUUUGGUUCCCAAGCAUCAGAUUUCAAUGGAUGAGGUAAUUUGCUGUAACAACCUGUUCAUGAACUUUGAUUUGGUUAAAGUCUCUGGUCUUACCAUUCUCUCUUUUCUUGUUAUUGUGAAUUUACCUAAUCCAAUUUGAGAACUGGGAAGAAAGCCAUGUUAUCAUUUUCAGCCUUAAGAUCCUUCCAUAUGUUAACUUGUAUGUGAAGUUACUAUGUCCACUACACAGGAAUAUGCUGAUCUUUUCCCAAAGCCUUAUAUGAGCCAAGAUGUCUAAUGGUGCUCUGUGAAUUCUCACCUUCCAACUAGGAUGACAGAUAUCAACUCAAAUGUCAAUACGAUCUGCUCAACUCCAAUGUUACCGGAGCAAUGAGCAACUUGGGGCUGGGCAUCGGCUUAAUUCAGCCUCAUGCCACUGCCACAUCGUCCGUUCGUCAUUCAAAUUUUCGGCCUCCAACAUCUCAGUCAGUCAUGCAAAAGAGUUUCCAUUUCCACUGACAAUGUACUUCAACUUUCAAGCUUAGUAUUCACUCUAAAAAUGAAACAACCAUUUCAAAGAUAUUCCCAGAUUCUGUAACUGGUCGAUCUUUAUUAUAGAGUGCAUUUAACAAGAAUCCUAACAAACAAUGAAAGCAAAACACAACCAAGCGAACUUAAUUCAACCCAACUGUGAGUAGUUCAUACUAGGAAUCCAGCAAAAAAAAAUCCAAACUUUGGUCCGGAAAUCGCACAUGAGCGCCAGUACCAGGCUUCAGGCGGAAGCAGUCUUCUUCUGCUGGAAAAUGACAGCAUAUACUGGAACUCCCACGCCAAUGGAGAAGGCAGUCAGGACAGCAAGAGGCAUCUUGAUUUUCUGAUACUUCAUCCUGUCCAAGUUGUACAUGUGCUUAGCAUGCAUAUAGAACGGUUCAUCAUGACCAUGGCCUCCCAUCCUCUUCACCCCGGUCGAGUGGAAACUCCUGUUCACUGCCACAACACAUCACAGACGCUUUGCUAUCAGUUGGGCAAAGCAAAAUCGACAAUUUGCUGAAGACUACUCCAGGUCACCAAAGCUAGCUGAUAUAAUAACUUAAUAAGCAUUACAUGGCAAUAACAGUAUCACAACCCAUUUAAAGCACCCAUUUUUCAAGUUUGUAAUUAACCUGUGAUACAACAGUUAGCAUGCAGGGGAAGAUAAGAUUCUCAAAUAAUCCAUAAAGAAAAGAGGUACAGGUUACGUGAGGUGAAGUGUCACAUAGUUAUUUCAGCAACAGGUAAACGUCAGGCAAAUGGAGGAACCCAGGAACAGGAGCUGGUAAAAUUUUGGAAAUUGACCAAGAUAUGAGGGGAAUUAGAAGCAGUUCCAUGACUGCCCAAAAUCUAAUCAACAGUUAGCAUACAGAUAUGUAAUUGCUCAGUCUAAGGAAGAGAUCAGAAGUUGCAUCCACAAAUAGGACUCAAUUCCUAAGGAACUGGAUACAGAGACUAAUAGCAUAUGAUAAUUCUACCAAAAUGAAACUUACUAAGACAAGGUAACAGCUCAAGAAACUACUACAACAGAGAUCAGCAAAUAAAGAUUUUCACUUUACACCUUGACGGUUGUUCUAAUAAUGAUUUUCUUCUACACCAUAACUCAGAAAAAAAAAAAAAAAAAAAAAAAGAACGAACACUGU